CCUUUUCGUGCACCCUGAGGGCAUAAUGGUAAUUUAGAAAAGUGAGAAAGGUCAAGACUUCAUAGACGAACGAAGGCGAAGCAACGCAAAAUACUUGUUUAACAUCACCUGUGUAAUAUAGCAUCUGGUAUCAUCAUUGCUCGCAAUCUCUCCUCUUGGGCUUAAGAGUUCUGAUGGGGAUAAAGCGCAAAAGAACUGGUCAAAAAAAUGAAAUUGCAGACAAACUUUCAGCCCCACCUGGUUUUGUGUCUCUGACAUCCUUUAAGUUGAAGAAAAUAGAAAGUAAUGAACCAACCAGCCAUUCCAUGGCCUCUGGAAGUACGUCCAAAGAAAAUCCAGUCCAGAUGGAUUCAAUAUAUGACGGAAUUGAUGUUGCAUCAUUGAAGAGAUCUUUUUGGCAUCGACCAUGGAUGCUUGACGAUCAGAACAAUCAAAAACAGGAGGAAUCUGAUUCUGAACAAGUUUUCAUGGAUUUUCCUCCAAGAAAAUGCCUCCCGAAAGGGGUUGUCCAUGGAUGCCCAGAUUGUAGUAAUUGUUUGAAGGUAAUGGCUAGGUGGCGUCCAGAAGAUGCAAGAAAAGAUAUCCUUGAAGAGGUUCCUGUUUUCCACCCAACCAAAGAGGAAUUUAGAGACACAUUAAAGUAUAUUGCAAGUAUACAUCACCAAGUAGAGCCAUAUGGAAUUUGUCGUAUCAUUCCUCCCCCUUCAUGGAACCCUCCCUGCCUUAUUAAGGAGAAAAAAGUUUGGGAAACAACUCCUUUUGUUACACAUACUCAACGGGUAGAUGGGUUUCAAAAUCAGUAUAUACAGGGAAAAUUGGCUAGAAUUUGUGAGAAUGGAGGCUGUAAGAGGAAAAGCAGCUUCAAGAUAGAUUUGGACCACAGAGUUGGUGAUGGAUGCACCAUUGAUCCUGAUGGAACUGGAUGCUCCCAUGUUGAGGGCUUUGAAUCUGCAACUGGUCCGGAAUUUACUCUUGAGGCUUUCAAAGCAUAUGCAGAUGAUUUCAAGAGCCAAUAUUUUUCUGUCAGAAGUAAGGUUGUGGGUUCAGAUGUGCACCCCACUGUGCAUCAAGAGAAAUGGGAACCAUCAUUGGAUAUUAUUGAGGGUGAAUAUAGACGAAUAGUUGAGAACCCUACUGAAGAAAUUGAGGUGCUUUGUGGAGCAGACCUGGACACUGGAGUUUCUGGCAGUGGAUUUCCUACUAAAUCCAGCUUCUCAAUAUCCGAUUGCCAUGAAUAUUUGAAAUCCGGCUGGAACUUAAACAAUACACCUAGGCUUCCGGGCUCUCUUCUUUCUUUUGAAAGCUAUAAAGUUUCUGGUUGUCUAGUGCCAAGACUAAAUAUUGGAAUGUGCUUCUCAUCAUUUGGUUGGAAUGUUGAAGAGCACCACUUAUACUUGCUUUGUUACAUGCAUUUUGGUGCCCCUAAAAUAUGGUAUGGCAUCCCUGGGAGAUAUGGUAUCAAGUUUGAGGCUGUUAUGAAGAAAGACCUUCCAGAUAUUUUAGUGGAACAGCCCAAAUUGCAGGACAGGCUGGCCACUAAACUAUCUUCAUGUGCAUUGAAAGACUCAGGCAUACCUGUUUAUCGUUGCAUUCAGCAUCCUGGGGAGUUUGUUCUUGUCCUUCCAGGAGCAUAUUAUUCAGGAGUUGAUUCUGGCUUUAAUUGUGCUGAAUCAGUAAAUGUUGCUCCAAUUGACUGGUUACCAUAUGGACAGAAUGCUGUAGAACUGUACUGUGGAUGGGGGAAAAAGACAUUAAUUUCCCAUGAUAAGAUAUUGUUGGGUGCAGCAAGUGAAGCUGUAAGGGCAUGUUGGGAAAUUUCACUGUUGAGGAAGAACAAUUUAGAUAAUUUAAGAUGGAAAGAUGCUUGUGGAAAAGAUGGUAUCUUAGCAAAAUCGCUUAAGUCACGUGUGAAGUUCGAACACAGUAGAAGGGAAUACCUUUGCUACUCUUUACAGUCACAGAAGAUGGACAAAAACUUUGAUGCUUCAAGCAAAAGGGAAUGCAGUAUAUGUUUCUACGAUUUACAUCUGUCUGCAGUAUGGUGUCCGUGUUCUGCUGAUAGAUAUUCAUGUCUUAAGCAUUCAAAGCAACUAUGCUCCUGUGCUUGGAGCGAAAAGAUCUUUCUAUUUCGUUAUGAAAUGAGCGAGUUAAAUACUCUUGUUGAAGCCGUGGAAGGAAAACUAAGCGCGGUCUACAAAUGGGCUAAAGAGGUUCUUAAACUAUCUCUAUUCUACUCCAUCUCUGAAGAUAGUGCACAACCACUGAGGCCUACAGGCAAUCUGGUGCCUCAUGUAAAAGAAUCAGGAGCAGGAGAGCACACAUCCCAACGUGCAACAACAAACAGGGAUACUGUUUCAAUCAUCAGGGAAGAAAUGAGGGCACGGCUGCUCCAUGCAAGAUCCUCGAAUGUACAAAAGCCAAAGCAGAACAUAACAGCAUCUACAUUUGUUUCAACUGCUGCUGCUGUUGAUAAUGAUUCUUUAUUACUAUCAACAUCAGAAAGUACAAGCUCAAGUUCAUCGGAGUAAAGGACAUCAUAUAUUUGCAAGAAGCCAUCAAAUUCAUCAGAGUGAAGGAGAUCAGAUAUAUGCAAAUUUUGUGGCUUCGUGUAAAACAUUCCUGCUUGCCAUCCUGAAGCAGAAUUCAUGUUGCACCAGUAUCCAUGUGGUACCUUUAGUACAUACAACUUGGCAACUUGCUUGCAGUUCCAGUCAGGAAGGGGAUUUUAUUAGGCAAAGAAAUGAAAGUUUUCCUCUUGGCGUGCAAAGUCGAGAAAAUGUUACUAAGUCUGCUUAAUGGUUUAUUAACAACCAUCUGCAGCGUUAUCCAUCAUAGCAGUCUCGAUUUAUUAAUGACGAAAUGAUCUUCAGGUGAUAGAAAAGCUGACUUGUUGUUGUAUGCUUUUUCCUUCUGUUUUCUCUUUGUUCUUUUUGCAUUCCUUUUAUCCAAGAACUUAGGCAUUAACGAUGGAUUAUGUUGGAUUAAGUAUAUUAUAAAAUAUAUUGCUUAGGACUUAAGGUGCAUGAUAAAGACUUCCCAUUUUUUUUA